UUUGCUCCAGCUAUCGCUCCAGAGACUGUUGAGGGGUUUCUACGAGAUCUCCAGCAGUCUCUGAGCGAUACUACAGGAGAUGAGGUGGUAGCACAAACCCCAAGUGCUUCUCUGCUGGCAUCGACCAACUGGAGCACUCGAAAAAGUUUUUUUUCAGAGAGCUGGAGGGCAGCGAGACCACAUCUGGUUAACACCGUAGUGGCCCAAGCAAAUGUGGGAACACACAUUUGCCAACAGUGUUGGAGCAAAACGUCUGUUGUCCGGUGCCGGGAUUGCCGACCACAUCCCUUCUUCUGUGCUGACUGUGAUGUCAGCAUGCACACCAGACACCCCCUCCACAACAGAGAUGCUACUACUGCAGGUUACUUCCAGCCAUUGGCCCCAACAACACAUGUACUAAAUAUGGCCCUUUGCUCCUGUGUGCGGUUUGUACCUGUGGAGAUCCCGGACAAAAUCUGUGGUUGUGCAUCAGAGUCAUUGAGCCUCAAGCCAGGAAAGACUGUGACUGUGAUCACAGUGAAUGGACGACAUGAGCUAAGCAUGCCAGAGUUGGCUUGUGAAGCAUGCACUGCGACAUGGACGACUGGGGUUGACGACCUUCUUCGGAGUGACUACUGGCCAGCUACCCUUCACUUCGCCACCAUUUAUGCCACAGAUGUUUUCUUCUCAUUUGAAGAAAUGAAAAUGGCUGCACCUGGACUAUCCUUUCAGGCAUAUUUAAGGAUGCUCGAUCAGCGAACGUUGCGCUUCGGCCGUACUGGGAAGAUCUCAACUGACAGCUUCAUCAAAAGUUUCUUUGAGUGGGAGGCUGUGCGUUAUGAGGUUGACAUCAUGUGCAAGGAGGAGCCCUUCACCUGUCCUGCGUGUAGCCCUGAUAUGCUUGCAGUUUCCGUGGAUGGAAACCGCAAGCAUUACCGUUUCAAGAAUGCAGCUAGAUCUGAGGAACAGGCCAUCUUUGACGGUGUCUUUAUAGCCAGGGAUGAAGACGUCUCAAGAUUUGUGGACUAUAUACACACCACAACCAAACAUGUCUCCGGAAGAGGUGUUUGUGGAGGACAGUGGUCGGCAGCCAGAGAGACCUCCCAAAAAUCAGCCGGCAAGCUGGAUGAGGAGGGACUAGGGCUUGCCGUCUGUCGACAUGGAGUGCUCCUCUGUGCUCUCAAUAUGUACAGGGGAGAAAUCUUUGCUUAUCCCCUGUACCUACAGAAAAAGCUGGCCAGUAGUAUGUUCUUUUGCAUGGAUGUGACCUGCAAAUAUUGGCCCUACCUCCAGAGAAUCACAAAAAGCUGUCCAGAGCUCCAGCAUCUUCUCGACAUGAAGCCCUUUCUCUCAGUGUUUCAUGCCAAAGCGCAUGACUUCAAAUGUGAAGUGAAAUGGAGUGGGGCAUAUCAAGAGGGGGCUGGACUAACCCUAGGGGAGGAGGUGCAACAGGUCAAUGCCUUCCUCUCUCGGAUAGCAGUGACCACAAAACACAUGUCAAAAGCAGGACGUACAGACAUGCUGACGCUGAUGGCCAUGCGCUGGAAUCAGCAAAAAGUCAGCAACUUGGCCACCUCACUGUCCCGCAGAUAUCUGAAGCUCUGGAAAAGCAAUUGCAGAACCUGGAGUCCAUGAAGGCUGAGUUGGCAGUGACUGAAAAGCAGCUGGAAGACUGGGUCAGAGAUGUGAAUGAGUGGGCAGAAACAACAACAAACAACCCAAGGGAUGCUGCUGCCUUGGCCAGCAAGAUCGAAAUGCUGACAGUAAGUGUCAAGAGACGUUCGCAGCGUCUCUACAAAGACACAGACAGCAACAAAGGUCGUUCCCGGAUCCGCCGCAAGAUCAGGGAUGAGAAAGGGGUCCUGACAGCCACAGUUGAGAAAUACAACUCAAUGGUUCCAAGCACAGAAGCGCUGUGCCUCGAAGCCAUUCUGUCUGUGGAGAAAGCUUGGCCAUGGCAGCUACCAAACAGUGACUCUUUCGACCUCAGGACAAAGAGAAGAGCAUUCGACCUUGUCAUGACAGUGAAGAGACUACAGGAGGAGAAGAAGAUUCUCGUCACAGAAAU